UGAGAUGGAGUUAGUCUCUCAGCUUGAAGUAGAAACACUAGUCAAUGCUGCCCAGUGUCCAACAAGAGUUGAGCAGUGUAUUGCUAGCAAAGGACAAGGAUUGAAGGAAGGAUACAAAUGGUUGGUUAAAUCAGUUAUCUCAAAGUUCGUGGAUAUCGAGGGACGGGUGGUGAAGGACUCCGAGAAAGAGAAUAAGAAGGAGGAGGUGAGGAGGGAGAAUGCCAGGAGAAGGAUUGAGGAGAAGAGAAGGUUGCAGGAGCAGGAAGAGGAGGGAGAAGGAGAGGAAGCAUCAAAUUCAGAAGAUAUUUGUCCUCCUGGAUUUGUUCCGCUUGAUGAUCUUCGAAAACGCUGGUCAACUCAGGAUAAUCCAGUCUCAGCAGCCUCUAAUCUGUUCAGUAAUGGGGGCAAAGCUGUCUCGAAUCAGUUCAGUAAUGGGAACAUAUCAACCUCUAAUCUGUUCAGUAAUGGGGGCAUGACGGAGAAGGUUAGGAACGGAAACAGUUCUCCUAAUGGAACACACUUUUCUCAGCUCAGAUUGUCAGAUCUUCCAAUAAAUGGUUCCAACGGGAAACUAGAACUGGAACCAAUACACAGGCCAAAAAAGCGUAGUCUGCUCUCCAAACUACAAAAAACGAAUACAGAAAUUAAAUCUAUAAAAUCAAUAGACAGUCAGAUAUCGCAGGCCUGGAGUACGGCAGAAGAUCGAGGCGGAAUAAGAAAUUGGGGACUGGCGGAGGAAUUAUAAAAAGUGGAGUAAGAAACUGAGGACUGGCUCAGGAUUUUUGAUGAGUUCAGUUAGAAAAUAUAGGGUACUGGUGGAGGAUUUAUGAAGGGUUGAAUUAGGAAUCGGGGUACUGAUGGAGGAUUUAUGAAGGGCGGAGUUAGGAAAUGGGGGACUGGUGGAGGAUUUAUUAAGGGCUGAGUUAGGAACUGGGGGACUGCAGGUGGAGGAUUUAUGAAGGGCGGAGUUAGGAAAUGGGGGACUGGUGGAGGAUUUAUGAAGAGUGGAGUUAGGAACUGGGAACUGGUGGAGGAUUUAUGAAUUUAUGAAUUGCGGAGUUGGGACUGGUCGGACUGGCGGAGGAUUUAUGAAGGGUUGAGUUAGAAGAUUUGGGACCGGGUUAUGAAGGGUGGCGGAAGAAACUGGGUACUGUUGGAGGAUUUUUUAAGGGCUUUGUUAGGUACUAGGGUACUGGAGAAGGAUUUUUGAAGGGUUGAGUUGGAAACAGGGACGGGCGGAGAUUUAUGAAGGGUGAAGAUAGAAACUAGGACUGGCGGAGGAUAUAUGAAUGGCGGAUCUAGAAACCUAUAGGGACUGUUGGAGGAAAUAUGAAUGGAGGAUUUAAAAACUAGGAACUGUGGGAGGAUAUAUGAAGGGUAGAGUUCCCAUCUUCUGGACUGGUGGAGGAUUUAAGAAGAGUGGAGCUGGGAACGGGGAAUCGACUGGCGGAGGAUUUAUAAAUGGCGGAGUUAAGAACUGGGAAAUGCCAAUUUUAAGUAUGAUUAUAAGACUACACUAGUACACCCAACACUGCAGAUAUGUUCAAUAAAAAUAAAAAAUUUAACAUGAAAUAUGUAUUAUCUAACCAGUACUUACAAGUUUUUUGUACAAAUAAAUUCAUUAUGUUA